AUGGAUGGGAUCAACCUCAACGCUCUGAGCGAGAAUGCAACACGCCUUGGGAUGAGGAUUCAAGAGACAAUAGCUGAGCACACCCGGGAUUUGUCGUUAACACGGGGCGGGAGCUCAUUGUUUGACAUGGCGGACGACAAGGCGAAGAAUAUAACAAAGCAGCUCGAAUCAAGCAGCGACCGUGAAAAGCUGGAUGCCAUGAAACGAUUGAUCGCGCUCAUCUCAAAGAACCGGCCAGUCUCCUCAUAUUUCCCUGCUGUAGUCAAGAACGUAGCCAGCCCGAACCUCGAGCUACGCAAGCUGGUGUACAUCUACCUCCUUCGUUGUGCACCAUCUGAACCUGAUCUGGCAUUGCUGUCGAUCAAUACUUUCCAGCGGGAUCUCGCUGACCCCAGCCCUCUCAUACGCGCCAUGGCUCUUCGCGUGCUGAGCGGAAUUCGUGUUCCUACUGUUGCUACCAUCGUACUUAUGGCUGUCCGCAAGUCCGCUGCAGACCCGAGCCCAUACGUUCGCAAGGCAGCUGCGUUGGCCGUGAUCAAGGUAUACAAAGUAGACCAGGCGCACCAUCCAACUCUGCUCGAUAUUAUGACAAUUCUUCUGCGCGAUCGCUCUCCGCUUUCACUUGGGACUGCUGUUCUUGCUCUCGACACCAUUGCGCCAUCUCGCCUCGACCUUCUCCACGUGCAUUUUCGCCGCCUCUGCCGUGCCUUGCCGGACAUUGAUGCAUGGGGCCAGGUCGACGUUCUCCGCGUACUCGUGCGAUACGUGAGGACCAUGUUACCCAAGCCCGUUCCCGCCAGCGAGAGACAAGGUGAAGAGGUUGACAAAGAUUUGAAGUUGCUGCUAGCCUGCGCGGAGCCACUUUUCAUGAACAAGAACCCUGCCGUUGUUCUUGCUGUCGCACGGGCAUUCUACUACCUUGCUCCUUCAUCGAUGCUCUCAAAGAUUAGCGCACCUCUCCUUCGCCUCCUCAGCGUGUCGCGUGAGGUCGAGCGUGUUGCACUGGCUUAUUUACUCGUCGUCGCACGUUCACAUCCAGUUUUAUUCAUUACUUCACACAACCGCUUUCUCGUGCGUGUGGAUGAUGCAGAGCAGGUGAAGCGGAGAAAGAUUUCCGUUCUCUUGGCAUUGUGCACAGUUGACAAUCAUCAGACAUUACUGCGAGAAUUCAUGGACUAUGCUCAAGACACAGAUGACUCUGUUGUGGGAGAUGCGAUUCACGCCAUUGGACGUAUUGCCAGCCUCGUUCCCUCGUCCACGCCUCAAUGCCUCACUGCACUCAUGGGAAUGAUCAACAGCAAGCAAGAUACCAUCGUCUCAAAUGCAGUCCUCGUUCUUAAGUCCCUCGUCCAAAAUCAACUUCUCACACCUUCCUCUACCUCAACCACGACCCUCCCAACUCCUUUCUCGUCGCAGCAAGCUCUCCUUACAUCAUACAUUCCCUCGCUGACGCCAUCAAUCUCCACUUCAUUAUCAGCUGCACCUUUGUCCUUCACGAGCACGGAAUCGACCUCCGUAGCUCAGGCUCCACUCUCCAUUAUUGCCCAGCUGGCUCAGCGCAUUGACGAUAUCCGGCACCCCCACGCGCGAGCUUGCGUGCUAUGGCUCGUCGGUCAAUACGGGUCAGUCACAGGCACGAAAACAACGGUUGAAGGUGUGGCAGACUGGGCGCCAGAUGUACUGCGCAAGGCAGCGAGGAGCUUCAACACUGAGGCUUCCUUAGUCAAGCUUCAGACACUCACUCUUGCCGCGAAACUAAUACUGCUCGCGCCCACGCACCGUACACUGGUCUUACUGGCACAGUAUGUUUUCACAUUAGCUCGGUACGAUGAAGACUGGGACGUGCGUGACCGUGCGAGGAUGUUGAGGACACUUCUUGUUGGUGCAGUUACGGGUAUUAUGGGCAGUAAUGAUGAGGAAGGCAUCGGGGAAAAUUGGAAUAAGGAAGAGCAGGCGGGAAGGCCGGGUGUGGUGUUGAGAAGGGAACAGGUGACCCGAGUGUUAUUUGAGGGAAAGACUGGAACGAUUGAAGAGGAGCUGGUGGCUGACGCUCGUCCACUCGGAACGCUUUCUCUCGUGAUGGAGAGUGAAAGUUUGCAUCUGCACGAUGACGAUGACGAUGAGACUGUGAUAGAUCUCCCCGAGUGGCUGGAACAGGGAAUUGACCCUGCGUUGCGUGAUAGUGAUGACGACGCACCCCAAGUUGCCUUGUCGGUUCAAGCGAUUUCAUCCCAGGCAAUCUCGUCCCAACGUGUGCCCACACCUACAGGUUCAACAGUUGUGCUCACGCCCAUAGGGGGAUCAACACCAAAAGACACCAAGGACUGGAGGGAUUUGAACAAGUUCUAUGCAAGUGAGAGCGAGUCUGAGGAUGAGGAGGAGGAGGAGGAGGAGGAGGAGGAGGAGGAGGAAGUUGAAGUUGAAGAGGGGAGUGGAAUUGGUGAGGAUAGCGGUGAAGACGAGGAGACUUCGGAUGACGAGGAAGAUGAGGAAGAACACGAUCCUAGUUCGAGUCAUGAAAGAACAUCAUAG